ACACAGGAGCACUUUUUUUUUUCUUCGAUGGUGAGGGGCAGGUGAAUUCGUUUGGUAAUUCAAGGUGGAUUAGAGGUGGUAUAAGGUUGGUGAAAGCAGGUGAUGAAGGUUUCGGUAUUUCCCGUAGGUUGAUUGGUUCCCGGUAAAACAGGACUGGAGGAGGUCUAGGUAGAUGGUGUUUCCGGCAGGUGGUUUUGGGUGUUCACGGAGGUGGCAGUAGGUACGUGUGGUGGUAGAUUGUGAUGUAGGAGGUGAAACAGAGGCGGCACACAAAAAGAAACACACACUUCCUUCUUUUUUAUUCUAAUAAUAGGUGGUGAGGUUGAAUGUUGAGUUUGACGAGGUCGUGGGUGGCUAUGGCUUUGGACUUCUUGUUUUGCCGGUGGUAUAAGGUGGUGAUGAUGGUUUCGGCUGUGAAAGUGAUGAAUUGUUUACGGAGGAAGGCUGUGAGAAAAAAGAAAUCUGGAACAAACAUCGGAGAAAAAAGAAACCUGGAACAAAGAUUGGAGAAGAAAACAGCUGCUACGGGAAAUCAUGAGAAAUCUAAAAUCGUGUGAAUAAAAGGAAGAGCAUCAAUCGUUUUUAUAGGUUGUAAAUGAUAAAAUUUGAUCCCACAAAAAUUGGGAUCCUAUAACAACAAAUCACCAGAAGAUUGGCUGGAAAAUAAAAGAAAAAUUGUGGAUUUACUUCACUCAAGUCUAGGGUUUACCAAGAUUUUAAUUUUGGUAUUACCAAAAAAUAAUGCGAGUUAUUUGUUGGGUUUAUUUGUAGUCUUGAUGAACUUUCAAUUACCACGACCAGAAGAAGAGUUUGAUUAUUAUGCCAAUAGUGGUCAGGACGAUGAGACCUCCAACAACUUGUUGUAUCCAUUGGAAGGACUAUUAUACCUAUUAUUGAAGUUAAAUGAUUUGGUAAUCAACAAGUGGGGAAGCAGAUCAUAGUAAUGGAAUGAUGUCUGAAAAGAAAAGGAGACGAAAUAAAUAUAAUGUGUACAGUAGUGAUGAAGAACACGAUUCUGAGCAGUCUAGGAUCAAAUACAGGAUUGAAAUAGCCUUGCCUACAGUGAAAAGCAGAUUUGGACAUGGAUCGGUUCGUUUGUCAUUUGGAUCUUGCUUAUGUGAAUUGGAUGAUACUUAAACAUGAAUCCAAAGCGCAGGUACUCAUUUAUCACCAAUCCAUGGUGUCUUCACUUUAGGGCAAAUUUCGAGAAACGACGGACUUUAUUCUUUUCAUCGAUAUAGGCAAUGUCUUUAUUAUUUUAACCAUUAUACCAACAUAAUUACACUUUUUUUUUUUUUACCCACAAUAGCAACGUAUUUACCUUUUGUUUACUGAUGAUAACUAUCUUCAAGCCAUAAUAACAAAGUAUACUUACAUUUUUCACAAAACAAAAUAGCAACUUUAACCAUAAUUGUACUUGCAUUUUUUUUAUACUAACAAUUAAAGUACAUUGCUUAUAUUGAUAGCAAAAUGUAAGCAUGUUGCUAUUCUAGUAUCAAUGUGUUGCUAAAAUAAAGUACAUUGCCUACAUUGGCAAAAAAAGGUAAGUCCGUUGCUAUAGUAUCACCAAAUUGCCUUUUGGUUUACUAAGAUGGCACACAACAGAUACAUUAUUAGCUAUUAGAUGUCUUGUUAUUGCGAUUAAUUGUUUCCAUGAUUUCAUUUAACAAACAAGUAUAUUGAUAGAGAAAUGAAUUAUUCUCAAAUAAAGAUGAGGGAAUAUUACAUUUUUAAUUUGCUUUGCAUGCAAUCCAAGAAUAGAAUAAGAAACAACUUUGUAUUGGAAAAUCAAAGCAAAGAUUCCGUAAAUAAGGGUUAGUUCUUUGCGUGUAAUCAAACAUAUUCUUUUUUGUUGUUUUUAAUGGUCAAUUUCUUUCCCAUCUUACCGUCAAAACAUAAGUCCAAUUUGUUGUUUGUGCAAUACAAGAGUUAGAGAUAUCAUCGACAUAGCUAGCUACAAUGGAGCAACUUUUGCACUUCACUCAUGAUCAUACGCUCAGCCUUGUCCAUCUGCAACCUGCUAGCCACGAUAGUGAAAACUCUGAUGAAGAAGAAGAGAAAGAGGAAGGUGAGGAGGAUGAUUUUGUGGCUGAAGAGAAGCAUGUUGGAAAGUGCAAAAUGUGUAAAGAAGGGAUCUACUCAUUUCAUAUGAGUUACUACGAAUGUAAGGAUUGUGAUGAUGACUACUCGUUGCACAAAUUUUGUGCAGAAAUGCCAAAAACCCUACAAAACCACCCAUCACAUGAUUUCCAUCCCUACCAUAAUCUUACCUUGUCUAAAGGAUUCUUUUGGAUAUAUUCCAGUGACGAAUGGGCAUGUAGUGUCUGCAAUCUUAUGCGGAAGAACAUAUUCAAUUACAUGUGUUCCAUUUGUGAAAUCAACAUGGACAUAAUCUGUGCCACUAUGUCUCAACAAAAGAUGGACCACCCAAGCCACCCUCACCAACUGCAACGUAUGUCCAAGGAGUUGGUAUCACAUUGCAGCGCUUGUGGCGAAAAACAUCAAGGGACCUUCUACCAAUGCACCACGUGUUUGUGGUACUCCAUCCACUUAGAUUGUGCUUUGUUGCCAGCAAAGUUACUUAUCCAACAACAUACUGAUGCCACUUUCACUCAUUCUCAUCCACUUACCCUUGCCUAUUCCUUUCCUGAAGUUGAUCAGAAAGCUAAGUAUAAUCCUAGAUGCAGAGUUUGUAAGAAGUACUUCGAUUGUUACUUAUGGCUUUACAAAUGCGAUAAAUGUCAAUAUUAUGCCCAUAUUAAUUGUGCAACUUCAAAGACAGAGCCAUUUAUGUCAAUCUUCUUACACCCCGGUGGUGGCAAGACUUAUAAAAAUUUCAAAGACGAUGAUUAUCCUAAUCUUCUCCACUGUCCAUUUCCGGAUGAAAGUUACAACCUUCUCAGACACUAUUUUAUAAAAAAUAAGAAAGAGUUUAUUACUAUGAUUAAAGAAGAAGAGCAUGGCGGUGAAAUGCUCAACCAUUUUAGUCAUCAACACCCACUGAUUCUUUUAGAUACACACGCGCGACAAACAUCAGUACUUGGAAACAAAUCAAUUGUUCUCCACGACCCCAUGAAGAAAAUUCAAGUAUUAUGUGACGCUUGUUUGAAACCAAUUACGGAAAUGCCAUAUUAUAAGUGUUCUGAAAUAAGUAGUUGUGGUUUUGUUCUUCAUGAGUGGUGUGCCAGGCUACCUUCCAAAAUACAAGACCACCCUGGCCAUCCAGAGCAUGUGCUUGUUCUCGUGUCAAAGAACCCUCAGCGGUUAAUGGGUUUAUUUUUCUGUUACAAUUGUUGUUUAUAUGGCAAUAGUUUCGCAUAUGGAUGUGCUGAAUGUGAGUAUUAUGUAGAUAUCAAUUGUGCAUUCCUACCUAAAGAAAUCACACAUGAAGCUCACCCAGGCCAUCUCCUCUCAAGAAUCAAUGCUUCUUCAGCUGAUCUAUCAAAAAAAUUAUGCAAUUCAUGUCGUUGUUACCUCGAAGAUUGCAAUAUCGCUUUCCAUUGCCCCUCUUGUGAUUUCUACUUGGAUACGGAGUGUGCUUUGUUGUUGCCUGGAAUGAUGAGGCACAAGUUCGAUAAGCAUCCAUUCAGCCUAAGAUACAAUCCAGUUGAGAACCACUCUAGCGACUACUUCUGUGAAAUUUGUGAGGAAAAUUUUAACCCUGAAUUGUGGUUCUAUCAUUGUAGUUCUACUUGUGCCCAGUCUAUGCAUCCUGCUUGUGCGCCCUUAAUCCUUGAGUGUGAGCAACAUGUAUAUGCCAAGUAUGGAAGAGGUGUCUUUGAGUUUGUGAACGUCAAGUUUGGAGGGACUGUUGAGAUCAAAGGACUUCACCCACAUCGUCUAUCCUUUCUUCAAGGGAUUCAGUCCCAUGGUCUGUGCAAAGUGUGCACCGAAGAAUUACAGUACGAUAUGAUCUUUAAGUGCUUGGAGUGCGAUGAGUAUGCACUUCAUUGUUUUUGUGUUUAUUACUCUGACAAUUAUGUGUUUAAUUGAUACUUUACACACUUGUACCUUUGUUAUUUGUACCUUUAAAUCAUUCAUUUAGUUAGUUUUCA